GCCAUCUCUUUAAGAAUAGAGCAAAUCAUAAAGUAUAUCGACCUCUUUUCUAAAUUUAACAGAAUAUCUAUUUAGUAGAAUGAAACCUAACCUUAAAUUUAAAAAAAUCGAUAAGGUUCAUUUGAAUAUCGUUGUAAUGAAAGUGACGAUUUCCGAUUAAGGACUUAAUAAAAAAUGUUAAAUGCAGCUCGAUUUAAAUUAAUGUUAAGGUAGCAGAGAGAUUAAUAAAAAAAUGGUAACAUUCCGGUGGAGAACCUAUAAAUUUUCGCAACUUCUAAAUUAUAUAAUACAUCUAGCUCAAAAAUGUGUUUAUACAACAAAAUCAUUGACAUAUAAUAACUGCCUAGACCAAAAUUAUGCAGCGGAUGUUUGCAUGGAACCCAUGUUUUGGUUCGUUGAUAACUUUACGAAUACAAUAGGACCGAUAUUUGUAGUCGUCGUCGCUGGUUUAACAGCAUCCGUGGUUGUUAUCGCAUAUUAUAUAGGUCUUCCUUAUUGGUGGAACCGAAAUCCUUAUAUGUGCGUUUUCUUAGUCAUUUUUGGAAAUUGGUUGUUACUUAACGUUUGUUUUCAUUAUUAUAUGGCUGUUAUUACUCCGCCUGGAUAUCCACCCCAAGGAGAAUUAAUCACCGAGGCUGUAAGCAUUUGCAAAAAAUGUAUAUCACCGAAACCACCAAGAACUCAUCAUUGCUCCGUUUGUAAUAAGUGCAUUUUAAAAAUGGACCAUCAUUGCCCUUGGUUAAAUAAUUGUAUAGGAUUCCAAAAUCAUCGUUAUUUUUUUAUGUACAUGAUUUAUACGGUAGCUGGGGUGUUAUUUUUAAUUUUAGCCGGAUUUGAGUUGGCUUAUGAAGAGCUCUAUUUCGCAAUCGACGACGCGGAUGAACCGGAAUUGGAGGGACAUCCGGUUAAAUUUAAUAAAACGGGUGCAAUCAUUCCAGUAGAUGUCGCCUAUUUAGACCCCGUUCAAGACUUCGAUUUACAAAACGACGAACUCCCCACGACAAGUUCUUGGAGACGUGGAGCAUUAAUAUACAUGGCACUAUUAAAUUGCGCUGUUUUAUUGGCGUUAGGUGGGUUAAUGUCGUGGCAUAGCCGAUUGAUCGGGAAAGGUGAAACAAGCAUAGAAGCGAAUAUUAACCGAACAGAAACCCAGCGAUUAGCCAAGCUUGGGAAAACUUACGUAAAUCCCUACAACUUUGGAAGUAGGCAAAAUUGGCGGAUGUUCCUUGGAUUGGUUCAAGGACGUUCGUGGUUAAGACACAUCUUAUUACCCUCGGCUCAUCAACCGGAAGGAGACGGGCUAAUUUGGCACACCGUUCACGAUAGGCUCUCACACAUCCAUUAAUAAAAAAAUAAAAAAAAAUUGUCUAAUUAGAAUUUAAGUAAAUAAUAAAAGCAUUCCAUUUUAAAAUGUUA